UUGUGUAACAGAAAUUGCUCAAAUACUUUGCAGGAACUCAGUUCCAAUUAAAACUUAGCGGGAGAAGAUAUUAAGAAUGGCAUCUGAGGAAACACUCCACAGAUCGGAUGCAGAGUACAACCCUUUCGAGCACCGUGUGGUGGACAAACCAAACUCAACCACCGGAACCCUGCUGCACGUGAUCAAAGGAAGCCUUGGCACCGGCAUCAUGGCGAUGCCGCUGGCCUUCAAGCAGGGCGGCCUACUGUUCGGCACGGUUGGUACGGUUGCGAUUUGCGCCAUCUACGCCCACUGCGUUCACCUGCUGGUCAGCACAUCCCAGAAAGCAAGCAAACGCAAAAAGGUUCCACUGCUGGGCUUUUCAGAAACGGCGGAAGCCGUGUUCUCCAAUGGUCCACGAGGGGUGCGACCGUUGGCGACGUUGGCCACCCGCUACGUCGACGUAAUGAUCCUGAUCCAGAGCUUCCUCUCGUUCUGCCUGUAUCUGGUCUUCAUAGCGAAAACCCUCAAGGACGUCCUGUACAACCAGCAGCAGAUGGAUUGGGACACCCGGAUCUACAUCCUGCUGGUACUGAUUCCCGCUGUGGUUAUUACGCAGGUUCGAGAGCUCAAGUAUCUGGUACCAUUUUCCGGCUUUGCGAACGCGAUUAUGAUUACCGCGAUCGGAAUCGUACUGUACUUUGUGCUAAGUGAACCGCUGGAGAUCGAGGAUCGCAACAUGUUUCCACAGUGGAGUACGCUUCCGUCGUUUAUUAGCACAGUGUUGUUCGCAAUCCAAGGGAUUCGAUACAUCCUGCCGAUCGAGAACAAAAUGAAGCAUCCGGAGGACUUUCUGGCCAGAUUUGGAGUGAUCAACAUCGCGAUCACCUUCCUGACCGCACUCUACAUUGUGAUGGGAUUCUUCGGCUACGCCCAGUACGGCGAGCGGACGCAAGGAUCCGUAACGUUGAACCUCCCAAGUGAGAAUGCGUUGGCCGAAUCGACCCGCUUGUUGGCGGCGAUCGCGGUUUUGCUUACCUUGGGACUCAGCUAUUACGUGCCGAUGGAGAUUAUGUGGCACAAGUUGGGGGAGCUGGUUCAGGUUAAGUAUCACAACUGGGCACAGAUUGGGAUGCGGUUCGCAGUGCUGAUAGUGCUAGCUGCGGUAGCAAUUGGAGCGCCGGAGAUCGAACCAUUUGUUGGAUUGGUGGGAUCGUUUGGAAGUGGAACGCUGGUGGUGUUGUACCCAGUAGCCAUGGAUGUGAUCUUCCGGUGGCCGAAUGGGUUUGGAUGGAUGAAGUGGCACCUGGUUAAGAAUAUUGUAUUGUUUGUAUUUGGAUUGCUAGUUCUGAUAUUUGGAACGUAUUCUAGUAUUAAGAACAUAGUAGAUUUGUACAGAACAUUUGGCACAUUGCUGCACGUGAUCAAAGGAAGCCUUGGAACCGGCAUCAUGGCGAUGCCGCUGGCCUUCAAGCAGGGUGGCCUACUGUUUGGCGCAAUUGGAACGGUGGCGAUUUGUAUCAUCUACGCCCACUGCGUCCAUCUGCUGGUCAGCACAUCCCACCAAGCCAGCAAACGCAGUAAAAUCCCUUCGCUGGGAUUCUCCGAGACCGCCGCCGAUGUGUUCACCAAUGGACCACCCCGUCUGCGACCCCUUGCCACCUUUGCAACACGCUACGUCGACGUGAUGAUCUUGAUUCAAAGCUACCUGGCCUUUUGCAUGUACUUGAUCUUCAUCGCGCGGACACUGCGUGACGUGGUGAUCAACCAGCAGCAGGUCGAGCUGGACACGAGGAUUUACCUGCUGCUGUUGUUGGUUCCGGUAGCCGUGAUCACGCAGAUUCGUGAGUUGAAGUACCUGGUGCCAUUUUCGGGCGUUGCUAAUGCGAUAAUGAUCGCGUCGAUCGGCAUUACGUUGUACUUUAUCCUGAGGGAGCCGAUAACGUUGACGGAUCACGCUCUAUGGGGAGAGUGGAGUUCACUGCCGUCCUUUAUUAGCACUGUGAUAUUCGCUAUUCAGGGUAUUGAGUUCAUACUGCCGAUCGAGAACAAGAUGCAGCAUCCACAUCACUUUACCAGCUGGUGCGGGAUCAACAACGUGUCGAUUGGGUUCUUGACUGUUCUGUACAGCGUAACAGGAUUCUUCGGGUAUGCACAGUUUGGUGAUCAAACCCAAGGAUCCGUUACGCUGAACCUCCCGAACAACAAUGCUCUAGCCGAAUCAACGCGUCUCCUGUCGGCGAUCGCGAUCCUGCUCUCGCUCGGACUCAGCUACUACGUACCGAUGGAGAUCACAUGGCACAUGAUCGCCGACCGGUUGCCCCCAAAGUUCCACAACUGGGCCCAGGCGGCCAUCCGGUUCAACGUGCUGCUGGUGCUGAUGGCCGUCGCGAUCGUGGCGCCCCAGAUUGAACCGUUCGUUGGACUGGCAGGGUCGAUCGGCGGUGGAACUCUGGUGGUGAUCUAUCCGGUUAUGCUGGAUGUGGUUUUCCGAUGGUCGACGGGGAACUUUGGACUGUUCAGGUGGCACCUGGUCAAGAACUUUGUCCUGUUUAUGUUUGGACUGUUUGUACUGAUCGUGGGGACGUACUUCAGUGUGAUGGAGAUCGUCGAUUCGUAUAGGUGAUACAAGUGGAACAAUAAAGUACAACCUCUUUCAAUCGA